AUGUUUUGGCUUGGAUUGACCAAGAGCCGUACAGCAUCCAUGGAGACCCUCAGGAUGGGAUUUGGUUCCCUACAGAUUGAGAACAGCACUUUGCUUGUGCUUGGAGACCAUGUAGAAGUCCAGAUGCGACUUGUGGAGGGGUUGCGGCACCUCGUGCGUCGAGAGAGUGCGGAGCACAUGUGCGAGUACAUUUCAGGAAUGCUUUCACUGAUACGUGUUGUCGCCACUGUCACAGCUGCAGACCCCAGAGAAGCUGCAGCGAUUGAGAGCAAGAAGUUCAGCUUCAAUGGGUUUCUGUCCCUCAUCUGCCGCUGCACAACAUCGUGGGUGCUUCACCGGGUGUUGCUUCUCGCCUGGUGCUUCAUCAAGCUUUAUUCACCGUUUCUCCAAGCAGUGAAACGAGUGCUGCAGUUUUGCCACCUGUUCGAGCUCCAGGAUGCUCCAGGUAGGAUUUAA